AUGAGUCGCAGCAACACGCAAUUAAGUGGCAAAGUGGCAGUGAUUACAGGCGCUUCAGGAGGCAUCGGGGCCGCCAUUGCAUUAGAGCUGACAGCAGCAGGUGCCAAAGUCGCACUUGGCGCUCGACGUCUUGACGCUUUAGAGACUGUCCAGACGAGUAUUGAGCAGAAACUUGGCGCUAAGCAGGACAUUCUUAUCGUCAAAACCGAUGUGACGAAGCGGGAGGAAGUGCAGAAUCUCGUGGACAAAGCAAAAGAGAUGUUUGGACCUGUUGAUAUCCUUGUGAACAAUGCGGGAGUGAUGCCCUUUGAACUGCUAAAGAAUGUGAAUCAAGACAGUUGGGAUCGAACGAUUGAUAUUAAUUGCAAGGGGACACUUCAUGGUAUUGCGACGGUGCUGCCUGAGAUGCUGACGCGUAAGAGCGGCCAUAUUGUCAAUAUUUCGUCGGACGCUGGACGCAAGGUUUUUCCUGGAUUGGGUGUUUAUUCGGCAUCCAAGAUGUUUAUCGAGGGGAUAUCACAGGCAUUACGGCUUGAAAACGUUGGUAGUGGCUUACGCGUAACCUGCAUUCAGCCUGGUAAUGUUGCUACGGACCUUGUGAAGCAUGCAAAUGCUGCCAGUGGUAUUGAUGAAGAAGCAAUGAAGUUGUACGGACAGCCUUCGGAGUGUAAGGCCCUCCAGCCAGAGGACAUCAGUCGCGCUGUGCUGUACGCUGUCACGCAGCCGCCUUACGUUGCCGUGAACGAGAUUCUGGUUGAGCCACGAGAUGAACCCAUUUAG